UUGCACGCGCACGCAGCGGCGCGCGCCGCGCCAAUACUACGCGGCCUGAUAGAGUCCGUGACAUGACUGAGGAGCGUACGUGUACAUGUAUGUCAUUUUCUAUUUUGUUCUCUUUAUCAAGACAAGUGUGCAGACCCAACUGAUCACAUUGGCAGUUCGGAAGCCCAUCAUCACAGCAAAUUAUGGACACAGAAUACCUGAAGUGGAAUUUGGGCAAUUGCCUGACCAGUGCCUUGGCCGAAGUCGCUGAGAAACGGCCCAUGGAUCCUAUUGAGUACAUUGCACAGUGGCUCUACAAGUACAAAAAAAAUGAGCACUAUGCAGAAGAGGAAGAAGCUCAAAGUAAGCAGCUCAUCAUUGAAAAGAAAGAGGCUGAGAAAGAAAAGGUCCGGCAAGAAAUAAUGCGACAGGAGGCUGAGAAAUUAGCUCUAGAAGAAGCUGAGGCAAAGAAGGCUGCAGAGCCCCCACCUGAAGCACCAGCAGAGGAGGACAAGUUGACAGUCACCAAAGAACGAAGCAAUCUCCCAGGUGCCCCUAACCUUGAGACUGUUCCAGAGGGAGAAGAACAACAGGAGGAAGAGCCAGUAGCUCAAGAAGAGGACAAUGUACAGCAAGAAACGAAGGAAGAGGGAGGAGAAGGGGAAGGGGAUGAAGAUGGAGGAGGUGGACCUGAGGUUGAAGAUGAGAGGGGGGAAGGUGAUGGGGAGCAGGCGACUGCCGAAGUGGAACAGGAAGCAAAUGAAGCAAGCUAAUAGUUCAGAGUCACUGAAAGAUUUCUUAGGAUUAGUAGUUGGCAAGCUGUGUACAUGCUGUAUGUGAAUUUAUUAGUGCCACACGGCCUUUGUCACAGCCAAAGUUUUAUGCUGGCACCUGAAAUUGGUUUAGAAAAGUUUGUACAUGUCAUAUGGGCAUGGAAUUCUUUUUACUGAAUUACAAAAAUAGAGUGAACUAUCUGUUCAGUACGUGCACAAGGCUUUUUACUUUUUGUUGUGUUUUUAUCUUGCUGUAAGCACAUCUUGAAAAGUCUGCCUAUGCUUGUAAUACAAACAGAAAGACUAAUCUUCAGAGAUACCUGGAAGGUGUGACCAGCAAAUUCAUCCUCCUAAAAAGUGUCCUUUUUGUUUUGACUCGGAAAAGCAUGCUGUUUUUUCGUAGAAGUUCAAUUUUCGUACAUCUUGGAUCAAUGAAAUCCAGGAAUGUUCAGAAGUGUUUUCCUAACUUGCCCAUGAAGGAAACAUCAGUGAACACUCACCCUCCAAGAUAUAAAGAAACAACAAAUUGAGUUGGUAUGCGUCUGAUUAGACAAAGUACAUGUAUUUGUAUAUUUUUUACCAAAAAGUAUUUGAAACAAAAUUUCUUUCCUUUGUUCAAGAACAUUAUAUCUUUGAUCAAGAACAUUGUAUCUUUUACUGCCUUUAUGAUUUUCAUAUAAAACAGGCCCUUGCAGAGUAAUUUCUGCAGAUUGAAAGACAAAAUCAUGUAUUCUCCUUCUUUUGGUUUAGUCUUACUGCUAAGAGCCUAGAUUCUUAGAACGGAUUUGACUAUCUCAUCAUUUUUGGUAAAUCCUAGUCAUUGCUGAACCUAAGGCAUAUAUGAGAUAUCUUUUUUGUCCGAGAAGGUAAUGAAAAACUUGUUUAACUGUGAGAGAAUUGCAACAUUUUCUGUCUGGUUCGCACUUUUCAAAAUGAAGGGCGGAGGAAUUUUAACAACUGUUUGAUGACUGUUGUUAUAUUGAAAGGUAACAGCCAUCGUAAAAGCUGUUAUCGUACUCAUCCAAGAAAUUUAAAAUUAUUAAAAUGUGCAGUUAUGCAACCUACAGCUUCCUUAUCUGACUCACAGUUUUAGAGAAAAUAAGCUUGUAGCUAUUGAUUCUUUGGGAAUGUCGAGGAAACUGUUGACAAUGGGGAAUGUUUUCUAUGACUGCACUUGUAGUUCCACAACUGGAUCCACACCUUCAAGCUCCACUGCACGCACAACUAUAGUUAUACAACCUGCAAAUUCCAUUUCAUGCUGCACCACCUCCGGAUUACCUUUAUAAACUCUCUCUCCACUCGAGUCCAGCACACUCUAAGGAUUGCCAGCACAUCCAGGCCAAAAUGUCGAGUUAACAUUCACCAGUUCUCUCAGAUCUACACCUUCCAAAAAAGAUUGAUCCCAUGGUGAACCUGCAAGCCUACAUCUCGUGUAACUUCCACCAUGCAAAGUUUAAAAUCUUACUUCAUUUCAAGAAGUAACUCAUGAAAGGUAAAGUGCUCUUAUUAACAAGGUUCAACUUUAUUUUGCUGGAAGGAUCUCUGUUGUGUUUUUGGCGGGAAGGGACAGUAUAUAGCAGGAAUGGACAGAAUUUGGCAGGAACAGACAAGUGUUAUUUCCCCAACUUGUCAAAUAAAUUCAUUUAACUAGUUAGUGAAA